AGAUCGGAAAAACAUUAUUUCUGGUGAAGCGAGGUGGGGGAGGGGGAGCUAGUGGGGAGGGGAGGGGUUGACCUUAUACCAUAGGAGCAAUCUAUCAAAUCCCGACCGUCCCAUAUAAAAGAUAAAUUAUCCCUUACGUGUUUCAACAAACUUUAAGAGGCGACUAACCCAGGAGGGAACAUACAAGGGAUACAAUUCAAGACAUUGCUUUGUUUAUUUCACGGCAAGUUGGACUGGGUACCAGAAUUUUUAAAACCUCGCCAAAGCCUGGCACUAGGAAUGGUAAAUGCCCCCCGUGCGAGCGUCUGCGUGGGAGGCUAGUUUCACCAGGGUAACGUGAUGUAAUAUCAUUUUUAAAAAGCAUCAUACGACAAAAUGUACUGCUAUUUCUGGGCUUUUUUCAAUGAGAAGUGCUGUUUACUUUGUACUCAUGUUGACAGUACCGCACAAAAUGUAACUCUUGUACCCAGGACCAUUGUUCUCGGAAUGCUCGCCUUACCCGGCCCAGAGAUUUUGUGCACCGAUGCAAAACACAAAGCUGCUUUCAAACAAAUUGUGCGUACAUACUUAAACCAUUUUCAGAUCAGAUUGCCCACCUAAAAUGGCGUCAACCCCCUCUGACCUGGACACGAUCAAAGGGAGUACUUCAACUAAAAAACCAAGGGUUAAGAGAAGACUUGAAUUUUCAGCUUCAGAUUACAAAUCAAAGAAAAAGAUCCGCCUGAAGAGUGAUGUAAUUAUUUCUAUCAGUCCUGUAGAGGUUAAAAAGCACAGAAUUUCACCUUCUAGAGAGCAACAGAUACCUAAGGAGGAGCCUGAAGCAGCUGACUUUGUUUUUGGCCAAUUGAUAUGGGGCCGGCUAAAGGGCUAUGACUGGUGGCCUGGAUGUGUUGUCUCAUAUAAUGAAGCACAAAAAGCUCCUCCCUCACCGAGUACUCACUGGGUCAAGUGGUUUGGAGAUAACAAGCUUUCAAUGCUUCCUGUGCAGUGUUUACGGCCACUAUCUCCGUUCAGUGAAAGUUUCAACCUUCCAAAAAUGAGAGGACUUUAUAGGAAAGCCAUCAUUACUAGCCUAGAGGUGGCAGCUAAAAGGUGUGGAAAAGUGUUCACAAAGCCUGACAAUCAGCAACUAAGGAAAAACAAGCAAGGUGGCAGAAUGAGACAAGCACAGAUUGAACAAAAGGAAAGCUCAGAGCAAAAGGAUGAAGCUCUUACUGACAGGGAGAGAGAAGAUGUAAUGGUGAAGUGGGCAGUUACUGGCUUUAAACCAAGUGGUCCUAAAGGCUUUGCACCAACUGAAGCAGACGUGAUGCACAGACCAGCAGACACUGUAACCGAAGUGGACCUGACAUCAGAGACAAUGCCUUUAACUUCUGAUCAUAAGACAAGGUUUGGCAAACCAGUCAGUGAACCAAAUCUGGCAGAAGAUAUUAAAGCGCUAUUUGAUGCUGUAAGAACUGGUGAAAGGAAAGUAGAAGGAAUUUGUCUAGCAUGUGGUGAUAAUAAAGUUUGUGCUCAACACCCUUUGUUUGAGGGAGGUCUGUGUAAAGAAUGUAAGACAUCGUUCCUCGAAAAUGUAUAUCUGUAUGAUGAGGAUGGUUCACAGAUGUACUGCACCAUCUGUGGUGAUGGAAAAGAGGUUUUUAUGUGCGAUAAGACUGGGUGCUUCAGGUCAUACUGUAGCCUCUGUAUAGGCAUGUUAUGUGGAAAAACUACUGUGACAGAAAUUGCAGCUUGUGAAAAGUGGGUGUGCUACAUGUGUUCAGGAAAGUCACAAGGACUUAUCACACCAAGACAAGACUGGUCAGCCAAGCUUCAGGAAUUAUUCAUGAAUGACAAAGAACAGGACUUUAAAGCACCACACAUUCUCCCCUCAGUUCCUCCAGAGCAACGCAGACCAAUCCGAGUACUGUCAUUAUUUGAUGGGAUAGCUUCUGGAUUCCAAGCUUUGAAAGAACUUGGUAUUGAAAUAGACGUGUACUGUGCUUCUGAGAUCGAUGAACAAGCGAUGCAGGUGGCCAAGGUGCAUCAUGGAACUAAGAUCCACCAUAUUGGUGACAUCAAAGGAAUCUCUAGGGAUAAGGUGGAAGAGCUAGGACCAUUUGAUUUUGUUUUUGGUGGAAGCCCGUGUAAUGACUUGUCCAUUGCUAAUCCUGUGAGACGCGGAAUUUGUGAGGGAACUGGUCGGCUAUUUUUUGACUUUUUUAGGCUUCUUCAAUUUGCGAGACCCAAGUCAGAACUAGAACGACCUUUCUUUUGGCUUUUUGAAAAUGUUGUUGGCAUGAGAGCUGAAGAUAAAAGCACUAUUUCAAGAUUUUUAGAGUGCAAUCCAGUGGUUGUAGACGCAAAAGAGAUUUCUCCUGCGCACAGAGCACGGUACUUCUGGGGAAACCUGCCUGGAAUGAACAGGCCAACCGUUCCUCUACCAGGUGACAAGUUGUGUCUGCAAGAUUGUCUUGAACCAAAUUGUGGACGGCAGGCCAAGUUCACUAAGGUACAGACUCUAACCACCAAUGCCAAUUCUAUGCUCCAAACCAAGAAAGGAUUAUUCCCAGUUCAGUUUACAGCAAGUGAUGGGCAACAGAAGGAUGACAUUCUUUGGAUUACAGAGAUGGAGAGGUUGUUUGGUCUACCUUCUCAUUACACUGAUGUCAGCAACAUGGGCCGGUCUCAGAGACAGCGACUGCUAGGAAAGUCCUGGAGUGUUCCUGUAAUAAGACAUCUGUUGUCCCCCCUUAAGGAUUACUAUAAAUGUGAAGCAUGAAAUGCAAUUGCAUACAUUGAUCAGCUUAAAUAAAAAAGAUCUUGGAAAGUAUGAUUUGUUGUGUCAAAAUGGCCGUUUCUUAGAAAUAUGUAGUAAUGCUUUUCAGACAUAGCAGUAAAUCAGUUGUUCCACACGUUGUGUUAGAUAUGUUAGGACUUAACAUUUUAUGAAUGGAUUUUUAUUCAGGGUUGAGUUUUGGUUUAAGAAAGUUUGCCUUUUUCAGUUUUUGAGAUCAACAGGUUAGAAAAAAAGAAAGGUGCACAUUAUCUCUCCUGUUUUCAGACACCUGCUCAUUACAGCUUGAGCAGGAUGAUUCAUUUACUUUCUCUCAGUGCUGAGGCGUUACGUGACAGCACUUAUAAUAUUUUACAGAGAAUGUUGUCAUAAGCUUGAGAGAGGAUGUGAUGUAAACACAGUUUCUCUAAAGAACAGAUUUCUUGCUUUAUUAGAUUGAUUUGUUGAAUUGAGUGGCCUUUUGUGUCUGUCUGUCUAGAAAGUACAGUAUGUUGUUGUUACUAAUACUCAAGCAUUUGUUGAUAUAAACUGUUUUGGCUGUGGUGUGAAGAAGAUAAAUAAAAUAAAGUCAUGGUAA